UUGCGAUCUGUGCAUAUGUCAAAAUUAAACAAAAUCAUUGUUUAACCUCAAUAUUCUGUGCUAGGAAUUUGGUGUAUCAUUCUGUUAAACGCUAGUAUUUUGUUAGUUUAUUUUAAAAUAAGAAUUUCAGAAACUCAAAAUGUCGCGUGGAAGUAGUGCAGGUUUUGACCGUCACAUAACCAUUUUCUCACCCGAAGGUCGAUUGUACCAAGUAGAAUAUGCUUUCAAAGCCAUUAAUCAAGCCGGCCUUACAUCUAUUGCCCUAAAAGGGAUUGAUACGGCAGUGUGUGUUACGCAGAGAAAAAUACCUGAUAAGUUAAUCGACGCAAAUACUAUUACCCAUUUAUUUCAGCUAACUGAUAAUAUUGGCUGUGUAAUGACUGGUAUGAUUGCCGAUAGCAAGUCACAAGUGCAAAGAGCUCGUUAUGAAGCAGCUCAGUUCAAGUACAAGAAUGGAUAUGAGAUGCCAAUAGACGCACUAUGUAGACGCGUCGCAGAUGUUUCACAAGUUUACACACAAAAUGCUGAAAUGCGCCCAUUAGGGUGUUCAAUGGUGCUUAUAGGAUAUGAUGCUGAAUACGGCCCAUGUGUGUAUAAAGCAGAUCCUGCCGGUUAUUACUGUGGUUACAGAGCUGUAGCAGUUGGAGCAAAGCAAACUGAGGCGAACAGCUAUUUGGAAAAGAAGCUAAAGAAAAAACAUGAGCUUCAGCAUGAUGAUGUUAUUCAGCUGGCCAUUGGUUGCUUAUCCAGUGUGCUUUCUGUGGAUUUUAAGCCAAGCGAGAUUGAGGUUGGAGUUGUAUCUAAGGAGAAUCCAAAAUUUAGAAAACUAACAGAGCAAGAAAUUGAUAGACAUCUCACUGUGAUAGCAGAGAAGGAUUAAGUUAGUUGUUUUGUAUUUCACGUUUUUUUCCAAUUUGUGGAUAAAAAUACAUAUUUCAAAUCUAUACUCCACUUGUUUCCCUUUGUAUUUUGUUUAGCAGUUAUUGCAAUUGUCACAAAAUGAAAAAUGCUAACAAAAUUUAUUGUGAACACCCAGAAAUUUGUAUUAUUUGCACUUUUUGUCCAUUAAAAAUAUUACUGUAAAUUGUAAAAAGGUUGAAAGUUGAAGAAAGAGGGUGGGUCUUUCAGACAAUAGUCAUUUUGAAAUUAAAUUAUCUAUUUUUACCUAGGAUUAAAUACUAUCUCGAAUUCUGUUAUGGCAAAAAUAACAGCAUUAAAAGGGUAUAAUAAAUGUUGGAGAAAUAUGUUUGCAUUAAACUAUGUAAAAUAAAUAGGCGAUAUAGCAUUAGAUUAACAAUGGUUAGUUAAUCUAAGAAUAUAACUCAAUUACGCUUUUACCAUUAUAAAAUAGUAUGAUCUAAGGAUAUAUGCUCAGAAUACUGCUAAAUAUAACUGUCCAAUGUUGCCAGUUUAAAACAUUGAAAAUCACCAGGCACUUAAGUUGUGCAGAUUUUUUCAAAAUUAAAUGUAUUAUUUAAAAUACAUUUUUUUAAUACUUCUGUUACUUCAGUAAUGACUAAUUUUCUGCUAACAGAGUAAUUUUUGGAAAUAGUUUGCAUUACAGACCGAAAUUCUAAACUAGAAAUAGGUUAGUGU